CCAGAUUUAGGAUACGGAAGUAUCGAAUUUGUGCUGACAAAAUGAGAAUGCAGAUGCGGGGUAAAAUAUACCUUCCUUUUAUUUUACAAAGAAACACUCUACUCUGAACUUUUCGUUCGUCUAAAUUAUUAUGCCUAGUCCUCCAAAACCUUGGGAAACAGGAGGGACGACAGCAGCUUCAACAACAACUUCGGCCACUUCAGCACUCAGUGGCGGUGCUCCUGCAUCUUCAAUAACGACUGAUCUUACUUCUUCUGUCAAUUCCCCCGCUGUACCUAAUCGGCCAUCGGCCAUGGCAAGCACAACCGGUUAUGGAGGAGGUAAGUAAAGAUACAUAUAUUACUGCAUACGAUUGCUUCUGUUUUAUAUAACGUUAGUUAACAGACGGGUAUUAAAACAAUAUAUUAGUUGGGGGAAUGGGGGGUUACGGCAGCACCUUGGGAGGAUACGGCAGCACCAUGG